AUGGAGCCUCAUCCAGAAACAGGCGGAUUUUCCCGAGCUGAGAGAAAAGCGCUGGAAAAAGCUAAACUGAUUCAGAAAGAGAAUCAGAGAAGCACAUUUAAACAUGUGGCCAGAAUACUUAAGAAAUCUGAAACUGAGCGAACUGAAGAGGAGUGUGCUCUGCUUCAGCUUCAUCAAGAUACCGUUCAAGAGCUGAACAAACGGCAGGCCCGGAGAAACAUCUUAAAAAGAAAACAAGAAGAGCUCUAUGAUGAUGCUGAAGCUCUAAGGACCAAAGUGAAGCAGCUGGCAGAGGCCAUGCGCCAAGCCCAGCACGCCGUCAUCUACACAGGAGCUGGAAUCAGCACGGCUGCUUCUAUCCCGGAUUACCGUGGCCCAAAUGGAGUGUGGACUCAACUACAAAAGGGACAUGCUGUCAGGCAUACAGACCUCAGCGAUGCAGAGCCGACCUUGACUCACAUGUGUAUCAGGAUGUUACACAAAGUUAAAAUGAUUCAACAUGUUGUCUCGCAAAACUGUGAUGGUCUCCACUUGCGUAGUGGUCUCCCCAGACAUGCACUCUCCGAGCUCCAUGGAAAUAUGUUAAUAGAGGUUUGUGUGUCAUGCUCUCCGGUUCGGGAGGUGAUCCGAUUGUUUGACGUGACAGAGCGCACAGGACUGCACAGGCACGCUACAGGCCGGCAGUGCUCUCACUGUGGAGGGGAGCUGAGAGACACCAUAGUGCACUUUGGUGAGAGAGGCACUCUGGAGCAGCCACUAAACUGGAAAGGUGCCACAGAGGCUGCGGAGAAGGCCGAUUUCAUCCUGUGCCUUGGCUCCAGUCUGAAGGUCUUGAAGAAGUAUGCAUGUUUGUGGUGUAUGAAAAAGACAGCUGCUAAAAGACCAAAGCUCUACAUCGUCAACCUUCAGUGGACACCAAAGGACGAUUUAGCCGCUCUGAAAAUCAAUGGAAAGUGUGACGAUGUGAUGCGUCUCCUGAUGGAUGAGUUGGGUAUUGAAAUCCCAGCCUUCAACAGAUCUGAGGACCCCAUCUUCAACUUAGCAACCCCUCUCAGGCCAGGUGAAGAAGUCAGUCACAGCCGUAAAACGUUAGCGCUCCCUGCUGCUUUGGUGGACUCUGUGCCAAGUUCAGCUGAUCAGGAUGAGGAGACGGCGGUACAGGGUGGUUGGUUUGGACGUGGCUACACAAAAGGAAGACGGAAACGCAAAUCUACAUAAUGAAUUUCAGGUUCAUUUUAAAACCAGCCAUAAUUACGGAAGCUCCAAAAACAUUCCACCCCAAAUCCAACCCCUAUAUACGAGGGAUCUUUAAAAAGUUUCCACACUUUUAUAUUUUGGUUGGAAGCGAUGAGGGUGGAAGGAGUAGUAUUUGGUCGUGUCUGAGAGACUAAGAGAGAGCUUAUAGUCCGGAUUUAGCAGCAUCUGAUUUCCACAUUUUCGGACGCUCAAAGAAGCUUUAAGGGGAAGAAGAUUUUAAUGUGAUGAUGUAAAAGCAGCGGUGCAUCAGUGGCUACACGCUCAACCAAAACAUUUUUUGCUGAUGACAUUAAAAAGUUGGUAUGACGCUGGGAAAAAUGCAUCGGAAGGUGAUUAUGUAGAAAAGUGAUGAUAUUUGUUUUUGAAGUUCUUAGUAAAUAGAGUUUAAAAAAAAGUGCGGAAACUUUUUAAAGAACCCUCGUAUUUUAAUUAAAAAGCUAAGCCACACAUGAAUAACUGAAAAGUCUUAUCUGCUGUAUAACAAAAAUGGUGCAUUAGGCUGCUAUAUUCUUUAUAACGGGUUUAUAUUUCAAAAGCUCAACAUAUAAAACUCAGAUUCUUUUGGUUGUUAUUCUUUUAAUAGUAUUGUUAAAAACUUUAGUUUUACCACAUUAAGCAAGAUUAGACUUUUAUUUGUUGUAGCAUGCCUGAGUUCAAUUAGAGAUGUGCCUUGAAUCAGAAAUACACAUGGUUGGAUUAAUCAAAUCCAAUCCAUCAAAAUAAAACAAUGAAGCACAGAUCCCACCUGCAUUUCUGCUCAGAUAGAAUGUUUCUAUUCAUUCUAAGAAUUUGUUUUUAUUUAAAUUGGGUUUGUAAGGGAGCUCGGGUAGUACAGCAGUCUAACACGCCAACACACCACUGUAUCAUGUUCGGGCUCCUGAGUUUGAACACGACGCAGGCCGGGCGUCCACACAAACACAAUUGUCUUUGUUUGAGAAAGGGAUAGUCGAAUGCGGUCUCUUACCACUGCAGUAUGUGAUCUCCUGGAUUAGUCAGAGGGCCCUGUGCUUGUAGCGUGGGGUUGGGUGGUUGGUCGCAGGGAGCAUAGCAUGACUUAGUACACAACAGACCGCUGUGUGUGAAAUCAUCACUGGCACAUUAUAAAAAGCACCCACAGGUUGGACACGUGUCAGAGGGGGUGUUUGGUGAUCCGACCUUGACAGGAUCGUGGGCAAACGGCAGCAAAUUCUAGACUAGAUUGUAAGAUAAUUUCUAAAUUCUGAAAGUAUCAGUAAAAAGCAUUACUAAUAUUUCAACACGGCAUCUUAUAGUCUCUUUUUAGAGCAGAGACUGUGAACUUUGAAUUAUGAACUAAUAUUCCAAUACAGCUACACUUAAUUACUAAUACUAAGGUACUAUGGUAGCAUAUGGUUGUGAUCACUGUGUCUGCUUUUAGUAUGCUCAUGCACAGACUGAUCUCAUCAGCUAAGCAGCUUUGAAGCUUCACCCAUAAUAUUCAGACAUCUUUACUUGAGGUAGAGAUUUCAAGCCCUUUAUGUCUAAAAAGUGAAUUUUUUAAGCUGCCUUACCCCUUUAUAUGUAGCGCCUCAAACAAGUCAUAAAACAACCAAAUAAAUAGCAGCAUAAGCGAGUGUACAUAAGAGUUUCACUUUUUUUUAGCUGUUUGCACUUUACUUUUAACCUCAGGUAUUCAACCCAGUAAAAAUAUGACUGGUGUUCACGUGUAGACUUGGUUGUUUUAACAUGACUGACUGAAAAUUAUAAAAUGUAAACUUCUAUGUAUAUAUAAUAAGUGUUGGAGAUACUGUGUUGAAUUUAAUUUAGUCAUAGUGUUGUUGUUCUGGUUCAGGUUAGUCUUGCUUGGUCGGUCUUAACUCUGAUGAGAUAAGUCUGGAGAGCCUGUCUGAUUAUUUUGGCUUUAAAAUGGGUGGGAAUAAGUGCAUAUAAUGGAGAAACCACUAGUUUUAAUAUGUUUUGUAUAAGCGAAUCUAUACCUCCGCAUACAUUUUGUGUUGUGGAUUAAACAUUUCUUGUGUUGGGGUAGGUUUAAGAAUACUGCCAUAACAAGUGCUCGAUUUUAGCACCGUUUAUAGCCAGGUUUUAAAUAACGUUCCUAUAUGUUGACCGGCCUUGCAAGACAAAGCUUCAUUUCCGGAAGGGUAUUAUUUACUGUAGGAAAGACAUCAAAAAGACUUCAAUGAUCAUCGGGCUGGUAAAAAUAAUAAUAGCUAAAAUACAACUACAGUAUAUUUAUACUGAUUAGUAAAAUACUACCAAAACUACAGCCCUAAAUUUGAAGCAGAAUCAUGGAUUAUGGUUUAAUCAGUCACUACCUCUACACUGAUUAUAGCUGAUGUUUACACAAGCUCGGUUCAUUAUGUAGAUAAUUCUGUCUGAGCUUACUGUGCCACCUCACCUGUAGAAACAAAUUUCUACAGAUAUUUAUCUAACAUACUUUACCUGUGUAAGAUUCUUGUUUUUUUCCCCGUUAUUUAACCCUUUAUUUUGUAGAUCUUGAAUUUGUACAGACAGUAGACAGUCCUACUGAUGUUACUGUAAACUAAACGUUGUGCAGUGGAAGUAAAACAAGUUCUCUCUCAUUAUAA